GUGCUGAAGUGAAUAAAAAUGAAUUAUAAGAAUAUCUUGAACAGUAUGAGCUGUUUAAGGCAGAAACAAGGUGUGAACAGUAAGGCCUCUGCUGUAGCUUGUUUGUCACAGGGUGUCUUGGGUUCAUAAUGUCUCUCCUCGGUCGGGACCACUUUCAUCCCCUAUAGAGCUGUGAUCUUCAUGUCACCGCUUUCCCAGAUACUCCUGAUUAACUCCUUCAUGUUCAGAAAAUGAAUGAACUGCCCAUCCCUGAUCCCUUUUCGAGCUUUUCUCCGGCUGGCGGGCUGUCACAUCCUCUUCUUGCGCAGAGCUGCAUGGCAACGGGAGGAGGAGGCUGCUCGGGAUGAAGGAGGGUACCAGCGUCCCACGUGUCCUCCUCACCGCAGACCCAACGCAUUGCUCUUCGGUUUCCCAUCCUUUCGUUUCCGCAUACUGCAGAUUCGCAUAUACACACACAUACAACCUCAUCCAUACACCCAUACGCACCCGCGCAGGCUUGCGGAGCUAUGAUUCCGCGGUGCGCACUCUCCCGUUCCACACUAUUUCUUCACUGAUCACUCUCUAGGCCUGUAUCGAUCAUCUCCGACACAGGCCUGUCACUUAUUUUUUUCAUCAUUCUGAUAUGCAAAUCCAAAUUCUCUGUAGCAGUGUUGACCGGAGCUGAGAGGGCGAGUGAUUGAGAGGGGGAGAGAUGAGAGGAGGCACAUCGUCAGAUGUUUAGUAGAUUGAUUUUGGAUCCUCGCCAUCAUUUCUGCGAUUUUUUUAGUCUUUUCCUCACUCCGUGUGCCGGGUUCGUGACAUCCUGCGGCUCUCCAUGCUGUAAUCCGGGGGAAUAUGUGAAGAUCAUGCUGGCGGUGUGGUGCUUCACGGUCUUUGCUGCAGUGGGCGAGAGGCUUGCAGUCUCAGGUGUUGACAGGAACCUGGAGCAGGAUGGAAGCAUGUGGGACUGGUUUGCCCCAAUGGGCUGGGCGGAUAGUGGGGACACUGCAACCGAGAUCAUUUAUCCAAAGCGCCUGGUACAGCAAAUCAAGUCGGAGGAAGAAAUGGCUCAUGACUACUUGGGUACCAGGGUGAAGAAUAGCACCGGGGACACCUUGCCUGUCCACUUGGCCCAGAGCUGUUUCCAAGUAGAAGCCUUCGGACGCACCUUCACUUUAGACCUGGAAUUAAAUCACCAUCUUCUGUCUUCAGAUUAUGUAGAACGGCACUUUAACCAGGAUGGCAGACCCUUUCAGUCUGUGGGAGGGGAACACUGCUACUAUCAGGGAAGGUUAAGAGGUUUACCAGAGUCCUGGGCAGCAGUCUCCACAUGCCAUGGCUUGUGUGGCAUGUUCUCUGAUGGCUUCUUCAGUUACGGUAUUGAGCCCUUUCACAAUGACAGCAAUCAGUAUGAUGGUGCUCACCUAAUACGCAGGAUGCCUGAUAUCAGACUUCCGGCCCAUUGUCCAGACUGUACAGAGGACAGUGAGUGGGAUGGCAGAGGAGGUGAUGGCGAUGAUGAUGACAGACCGGACCAAGUGAGGGAGCAGCAGGCGUCUGGGGGUCUGCGACGGUCCAAGCGAAGUGUUCGCAAGCCCUCUGUGCAGACUGAGACCAAAUAUAUUGAGCUGAUGGUGGUCAAUGACAAUGAUAUGUUUGUACAGCUGCGUCGCUCAAGCAGCCAAACCAAGAACUUUGCCAAAGCUGUGGUCAACACGGCAGAUACGAUCUAUCAGGAACAGCUGAACACAAGGAUCGUACUGGUCGCCAUGGAGACCUGGACCUCUAAAAAUAUGAUGCCAGUAGUGGAAGACCCAUUGAUAACGCUGCAAAACUUCAUGAAGUACAGGAAGGACAACAUCAGAGAGCAGAGUGAUGUAGUCCAUCUUUUCUCAGGGCGUAACUUUCAUAGUAGCCGUAGUGGGACAGCCUACACAGGAGGGGUGUGCUCUCCAACAAGAGGAGGAGGAAUUAACGAGUAUGGAAAUGUAGGUGCGAUGGCCAUCACUUUGUGCCAGAGUCUUGGCCAGAACAUUGGGAUGAGGUGGAACAAUGCACGUAACUCUGCAGGAGACUGCAAAUGCCCAGAUGCCUGGGUGGGAUGCAUCAUGGAAGACACAGGAUUCCAUCUGCCCAGAAAGUUUUCUCGCUGCAGCGUUGACGAGUACAUCCAGUUCUUGCUCCAGGGAGGUGGCAGCUGCCUCUUCAACAAGCCCAACAAGCUGUUGGACCCUCCUGAGUGUGGGAAUGGGUUUGUGGAGCCAGGAGAAGAGUGUGAUUGUGGAUCCCAGCUGGAAUGUGCCCGUAGGGGAGGAGCCUGCUGUAAAAAGUGCACCCUUACCCAUGAUGCCAUGUGCAGUAACGGACUCUGCUGCAGUGGCUGCAAGUAUGAGCAGAGAGGCGUGGUGUGUCGACAGGCUGUGAAUGACUGUGACAUCCCGGAAACUUGCACUGGAGACUCUAGCGAGUGCCCUCAUAAUGUCCACAAGCUAGAUGGAUACAUGUGUGAUAAUAGUCAGGGACGAUGUUACAGUGGGCGAUGUAGGACUCGUGAUGGACAAUGCAAGGGGCUCUGGGGCUAUAAUUCAGCAGACAGGUUUUGUUAUGAGAAGCUGAAUGCUGAGGGGACAGAAAAAGGAAAUUGUGGCCCCGGUCCUGAUGGCCAAGGCUGGCUGCAGUGCAACAAGCCAGAUGUUUUAUGCGGGUUCCUGUUCUGUGCUAAUGUGACAACGAAGCCAAAGUUUGGAGACCUCCAAGGUGAGGUGACCAGCUUCACCCUCUAUCACCAGAACAAGUACUUGGACUGCAGGGGUGGCCAUGCUCUGCUAGAGGACGGCUCAGACCUGGGCUAUGUGGAGGAUGGCACUCCAUGUGGUCCCAACAUGAUGUGUUUGGAGAGACGCUGCCUCCCUGUGGCUGCAUUCAACCUCAGCACAUGCCCAGGAUCCAACUUUGGACGCAUUUGUUCUGACCAUGGGACCUGCAGUAAUGAAGUGAAGUGUAUCUGUGACAGGGACUAUACCGGGAAGGAUUGCAGUGUCUUCGAUCCCAUCCCUGAGCCCACAGUCGCAACAGGCCCAGAGAAGAAAGAUCUGGUGGAGGAUAAGAUCUGUCUGUCUUUCUGUCUCUGUGUCCUGUCCACUUCUGUCUUCCUCCUCGCACUGUGUCAUUUCACGUCGAAGAAGAGGGGAACAAAAAAAAAGUCUUCCACUACUGUCCCACAAUAUCUCCAAAACCUCUUCCGAGCAUCGUUUCCUCCACGAUCGCGUCUGCUCCUUUCGUCUGUCCUCCUGGGGCCUGUGGAGCUCCUCUCACCAUACCAGCCAAAUCAUACUCAUGUGGCUGCUGCCAGCAGGCCACUGAGGAUUACGUCCAGGCCACGCCUAGAGCAAGCAGGUGGCUCUCCCUGUGGGAGACACCGGGGUCUUCCUCCAGUCCAGUGGCUAUACGAAUGUGCUUUGGUGUCUGUGUACCUCUUCUCACGUCUCGGACAGUCUGAUCAAGAACAUAUCAACGGUGGACCAAAUGAGACACGUCUUUCCAAUGCCUGCCUGCACAUAAACUAACCCGGCCGUCACUUGAGUCCACAGGUAAAUGCUGGACUAGCACACAGACUGAAAUAAUGUAACAGGGGCUGUAUUGUUUCCUUUUUUUCUUUAAGGAAACGGACCUAAGAUACAGUUCCUCCGAAGGCCAGACGUAGACAAGGUGCAUCUUAAAAUGGACAGAAAUUAGUUUUUAAUCUACAACAUUUGGCAACGUUAAGAUAACUUUAAAAAAAAGAACACUGGACUCUUGUUAGCAUGUUUUCCAAAGAAAGGCUGAGUAAGGACUGACCGAUCGUAGAAGCUGUUUGUUCUGGAUUGCAGUUUGAGUCUUAACUUGAGGCGUCCUACCUGCCCACCACUCUCCCACACCCUCAAGUUUUCAGGUACAAAAAAAAGGAAGCUAGGUGUUGUGGUUUUGGGAUCAUUAAAAAAAUAUUAUAUAUAUGAAGCAGCAGAGACCGUAACUUAGUGUUUUCGAUGACAGACCGACCAACAUACAUUCCACAAUAUCUGUCUGUGCGUGUUCACCACUUUUGGGCCCAAAGUUUGUACGGUUAGGAAGUUUACUGUGUCUGUCUGCUCAGGAGUGAAUGUAUGGGUGUAAGAGGUUUUUAAAGAAAGUAAGAAUGUGUGUGUUUACGUUAAUGUUAUGGGGCAGUUGUGUCUGUGUACACCUGAACAUUCCUCCCAUCACUGGUUUUUACCUCUAGCAGAUCAUCUCUUUCUACAACCUGUUGUGCGCUGCAGCCACGCACCCUAAAGGCAGCACAGAAAGAAUUCAACAUGUCAUGUAUCUACAAAAAAAAUGAGCACUAGCCAACUGUAUGCACACCUAUUUGUAAAUAUGUGCAAGAUAUACUGAAUGUUAAAUGCAAUGUAUGAAGAUUUAUUUAAAACUAUGUUUAAAAAUAAUUUAUCUGUUUGAGCAAACUUAUAGCUAUCCAUCUCCUGGUCGCCCUGCCUCUGCAAAUCUCUCCUGUAGACAAAGCUGUCCAUGCAUCUUUAAAUGUGGCCACAAAAAAAAAAGCUAAGCUAGCCAUCUCAUCAUCUCUCUUGUCAUUCUAGCUACCACUGAAAUGAAAUCCCAUGAGUCUUUUGUACAUUUGUUGAUAGCCCUGAGCCCUGGGUGAACGCCUCAGCCCAGAAACUUUGUAAAUGAGAUUAAAGAGAUCUGGUUCGGGGUCCAGAAUGCAGCUUGUCUGAUAGCGUAUGCGCAUAUGAGGUCAGUUUGGUUUGUUUUGAGCUUUGCACUAUGGCUGAUGCACUAUUGUUAUUAAUACAAUAUGUACAGAGUGGAGAUCAAAUGCAGUCGGGAAGAAGAAGGAAGAAAUGAGAUCCGUCUUACCCCAUAUUUUUAGAGACUAUCUUUUUUGAAAUUAAUCAAUGAAAAGGAAUGAAAUCAAGACUGCCAAUGGAUUAAAAUGAAGGGAAAAUAAAAUAUUAAAACACGAAGCCACACCU